AUGUCCUCGGCUCUGCGGUCUCCGCAUCCCGCCUCUCAUAUCGACCUCGAGUUCAAGCGCCUGGCGGACCAAGAACAGUUCACCGCUAACAGCGAGCAUGCUUUUAAUAUCUUCACGGACGGCAGCAAGAUUGAGGGCAAAGUGGGGGCGGCGUUGUCCGUAUGGGCCGGCGCCGCCGAAACCAAAACCCUCAAGCUUGCUUUGCCGUCCUAUUGUACGGUCUACCAGGCGGAACUCUUGGCGAUAUGUCGGGCGGCACGGAUGGCCGCAGACACCUUGGCUGGAUCAGUCGGGAUUUAUUCCGAAUCCUUGUCGGCACUGCUAACGCUGGAGAACCCGGUAGCCCCCCAUCCCCUGGCCGUUGAAGCGCGGGGACACCUGCGAAGGGCUCUGCUCCGGGACAAACGUGUUAGUUUGUUCUGGAUCAAAGCCCACGCAGGGCUAGAGGGCAAUGAGCGUGCCGACCAUCUGGCCAAGGAGGCUGCGCUGAAGUCUAAACGCGCUUUUGACUACGACAGCUGCCCGGUUUCGUUCAUCAGGCGGAGCAUUCGCAUGCAAUCGCUUGAUGAAUGGAACCAGCGGUAUCGUGCCGGCGAAACGGCUGGUGUCACCAGGGUGUUCUUCCCUGACGCGAUAGCCGCAUACAGAAUCACGAGCAAAAUAAGGGUGGACUGGUUUGUCACCCAGGCGUUGACGGGGCAUGGCGGAUUCUCCGAAUACUUGUACCGCUUCAAGUGUAAGGAGAGUCCGUCGUGCGUCUGCGACCCUGGAUGCUCCGAGUCCGUCCUCCACGUCCUCCUGGAGUGUCCAACAUUUGCCUACGAGAGGCUACGUUUAGAAAACCAAACAGGCGUACAUUUAAAAGAAGAGUUAAGUUGA